CCAUAUUCUACGCGAUGGUUCGAGAUUGCGUCUCUUUUUUCAUUCUCUUGCUGUGUCUAGCGACUUGUGCGGCACUCAACUGUUUGGCAAUCAACGAGUGCGCCUGCAAAAUGGACGACGGAUCGGGAAAAAUUGAUUUAUCUCGACUUCCGCAGGUUCUCUAUGCUGAUGUUGCAUUGAGCUCAUUGUAUGUCUAUCAACCUUGUUCAACAUCCACAAUCAACUCAAAUUGUCAAGCAAACAAGGACACGGUGCUGUGUAAGACGUAUCUAGUGAACGGGGUCCAACACAGUCAGACAAUUACUACUAGAAAAAACGUCCAAUUUCUUGUUGAUCAUAACAACAACGUCAAAUUUCGUUAUCUACCACACAAUGCCCCCAGCUCGUUUGCAGUCGAUGUGACAAUGGUCUGCUCAACAGAGGACACUUCGUUCAAUUUGUCAAGCAAAGUCGAUGAUGGCAAACACAUGAAUACAGUUAUUGCCUCAUUUUGGCUACAAUCGCCCUUUGCCUGUCGUACAUCUACACCAGGAGACCUGCCUAUAGCUCUGCUUCGCCCACCAUCUACGUCUCAUCCACAAGCAGAGAGCAUUACUCUCGAGGCUACCCCCAAACCGAAUACCACGCAUCAAACCACCAAUCCAACAUCCAUAACUACACCGGGUAGCCAACUGUGCCAAGUGACAAAAGACCUUGAAGUGGCUGUACCUGUGACAAUGUUUACAACAGCGGCAGUCGUCACCAUCGUGUUUGUGAUCUUCAUCAAAUGUCACAUCAUGAAAAGAAACGCCUAUCGCAGUAUCUAGCUAAACUACACUCUACAACUGUAGAACUUCUACACUGUAGUUAUGAGUGUGUCGUGAAUUAUAAUUAUGAACAUUGCCUUUGAUACUACUGACGUACUACUUGUGUGUCAUUGUCUGUAUCUAUCAAUGUCAAUCAUUAACUUUCUCGAUGGCUUUCUAAACCGUAGGUUCCAUAAACAACCUAAAUUUUGU